AUGCCUGCUGAAACCGUACGCGCCGUGCCAGCCGGCGAUGAUUACUACAACCUGGGCGAGUUUGGUCACAAGAUCACGACAUCUAGUGCCGAUGCUCAGGUCUGGUUCAAUCGAGGUUUGAUCUGGGCAUAUUCUUUCAAUCACAUGGAAGGUGCCUAUUGUUUCGAGCAGGCCAUCGCACACGACCCCGCAUGCGCGAUGGCGUACUGGGGCCUUGCAUACGCUGUCGGUCCCAACUACAAUAAACCUUGGGAAAGUUUUGACCUGGGCGAUCUCCAUGCUUCAGUGAAGCGGGGCUAUAAUGCAUCUCGGGAGGCAAAGAAAUAUGCCGCCAACGCCACCCCGCUCGAGCAAGCCCUCGUCGAGGCGAUCCAAUUUCGAUUCUUGACUGAUCAGCCCGCCAAAGAUUACCCUGCGCUUAACAAAAAUUAUGCGGACGCUAUGAAGGUUGCAUACGACCAAUUCGGACAUGAUCUGGAUGUUGCUACUAUAUACGCUGAUUCUUUGAUGAACAUGAGUCCAUGGGCCCUAUGGGAUUUGUUUACAAGAAAGGCAAACCCCGAAGCCCCAACAAUGGAAGUACAAAGGGUUUUGGAACGCGCAUUAUCGCAGGUUGAUAAUGGCGCUAACCGCAAUCCAGGAUUGCUUCACUUGUAUAUUCAUUUCAUUGAAAUGUCGCCUAGUCCAGAACUUGGAAUCAAUGCUGCAGAUCAUUUGCGUGAUCUGGUUCCUGAUGCAGGUCAUGUCCGCCAUAUGCCAACCCACUUGGACAUUUUGAUUGGCGAUUGGCGGCGAUCCAUUGCAUCAAACUACCAGUCGACAUUGGCAGACGACAAGUAUUUCCGCAAAUCGGGUGCCAAGAACUUCUAUACAUUCUACCGUAUGCAUGACUACCACUCCCUUGUCUACGCUGCUAUGUUCGCCGGCCAGUCGAAGGUCGCCCUCGAUGCAGUCACCCGCAUGGAAUUGACAGUACCGGAAGACGUGCUCCGCAUUCCAUCUCCUCCAAUGGCGGACUGGCUUGAACAAUUCAUGUCAAUUCGCGUGCACGUUCUGGUACGCUUCGGUAUGUGGGAGGAGUUGAAGCAGAUGGAGCUUCCAGAAGAUAAGACACUGUACGCGGCUACAACGGCUGCGAUCCACUACGGCAGGGGAGUCGCAUUCGCAGCAACCAGUGACGUGGCUUCUGCGAGGCAAGAGCAAAGUUCUUUCCUCGAGGCUUGGUCCAAGGUCCCUGAGACACGGCGGGCAUAUAAUGGAACGAUGGUCGACGUGUUCAAAGUCGCUGAGAAAAUGCUUGAAGGCGAGAUUGAAUAUCGCUGCGGCAACUUUGACCAAGCAUUUGAGGCUCUACGUGUUGCCAUUGAUAUUGAAGAUAGAUUGCCCUACAGUGAGCCCUGGUCUUGGAUGCAACCAGUGCGUCAUGCAUACGCCGCACUGCUGAUGGAGCAGGGCCACCUUGAAGAGGCUGCAAAGUCAUAUCGAGCCGAUUUAGGUCUUGACAACUCUGUCAUCCGCCCUAGGCGUCAUCCCAACAAUGUUUGGUCGCUCCAGGGUUAUCAUGAGUGUCUGAUUCGAUUGGGGAGACUGGAUGAAGCUGCUGUGAUUGAGCCCUCGGCAAAGUUAGCUCUUGCGGUCGCUGAUAUCCCGAUCAAAGCAUCUUGCUUCUGCCGGCUGGAUACAUCCGAUGCGCCGCAGAUUUUUGAAGAUCGUUCUAUUCGUGGCAAGUGCUGCUGA